AUGGGACAUGGUGAAAUGUUUGUUGACGAAAGACAGAAGUACAGAUGCAUAAGCAACAGUCUGAUUUUGGCCACUUUCCGAUCUACAUGGUACUUGAUUUGCGCACAAGAAUCAAAGGCACAGAGCUUCAGGAGGGAAUUCUGUAGAGUGAACAUGCUAUCGACUAAACGCGCACGCCCUGACAGAAUUCUGGAACCUUUUACGAUCAUUCAUCUUACCCGGCCGGCUCAAUCUAUGAGCGGCUCUAUUAAGCAUGAUUUCGAAGGAGUCGGCUUCAUUGACUAUGUUUCGCUGUCCAUUUCGACUAACAUUCCCUUCUAUUGGACCGGGGAGCCUGAGCUGUUCCAUUAUGUGGUCUCCAGACGGACUUUGAUAUCUGAUGAACUCAGUACCUUCCACAGCAGGGUAGUCUUCGUCAGGUUCGAUAUGGUCUUCGCUAGAGCUGGUAACUAUGGGAAAUUUCAGGAUUGGACGUUUCUAAUCAUGGGCUUUCCUUCUGAAGAGGCAAAGCCCCAAUUAGUAACAAAGCUUCGCAAGAUCAAUAAUUACCUUCAUAUCGCAGUCGCAAAGCUAGGCGGAAGGGUUUCUUCACCCAAACUCAGGUGGCUUCAAACAGAGCCAGCGGACAGGGUGAACAAAGUCGAUAUUAAAACCGACCGCAAUAUUCCUGUUACCAUGGAGUUAGCAAUUGAACUUACAGUUCAGUUCAUGGGCCAUUACAGUAGAGUGCUCAUCAAUUUUUCAGCAAACCCACCUCCUCCAUAUCCUCAGAUCAUGCUUGCAAAGCUAUGGAACUACGAUAGAUUCAUCUCAACAGCUCGGUAUCCCAGUAUGCACCAGAGAAUCGACCCUCGUGUGAUAUGUAUUGCUGUCUCAUAUCUUGUCAUCUGGAAUGAAAUUGGCAAGUAA